AUGCAAGUACAUCCAGAAAACAUAUCUUCUAAGCCUUCGACCCCAACAACAUUUUCCAAUAAAAAGCGCAGGCGAUCUGUUUCAAAACCAGAUCACAAUGAACAAGCAAAACCCCCAGCCAUAGAGCCAGGAGAAGCGUUGCUAGAAAGUCCAAAUCAAUCCUCCGGCAAAGGUAAACGAAAGGGUAGACACCAGUUUGAAAAAGAACAUAGUGGAUUUUCUUCCUUUCGGUUAGCAGGCAGUUAUAUUCCAGAAGAAGUCCAAAAACGUACCAGACAACGACGUGCCAUAAUACACACUUCCCAAGACAGUCAGCCCAGAAAUAGUGAACAAAAUCAGGUCGCUCAAAAAAACAAAUUGUUUUUCCGAAUUGGCCCUCCGUUUAAAAGAACGUGCCAAAACUUUGACAUGGUCGAUUCAAAGGGCCAAAAUAUAUAUGCGAUUUUGGACUCAAGAAUCGAUCGAGGAUUUCAACUAACGAACGAGGGCUGGCUAACGUACAAACACAAUUAUAUCACAGUUUCAAGUUCUUUCUCUCUAACUACUUCCAAUCCAGUUGAAUAUGGUGUUAUUCCCAAGAGCAAUAUUUAUGCUAAAGCAGGCAAUACCCAGUUAAUGAUUCGCUACUUUUCUUUAAGAAUGGUUGCAUUUCAACUUAACUCCAACAAUACUUUGACAGAACGAGAAAUUUUUCAGCAAUCUGCAAAAAGAAACCAAUCUGUUUUGUAUCCGUCUAUUUCGGUGGUUCCUGGGAAACUUCCGACACAUGAUUAUAUCAAAAAUAACACAACCUAUCGUUCGCUUUUGCGCCGCAAAAUAAUUGAUCAUGAUAUCUCUUACCGCAAAACGGAUUUGGGCCCAUUUGCUCAAUACUAUCCAGAUCCUUUAGGCAUUCAUUAUGUUGCUCUUUUUGAACGUCUUCAAUUUUCUGGGGGAGAUGGCCAAAGAUGCAAACUGGUUAUCCAACUUGUAGCAAUGUUGGAAAAUGAAAUACCAUAUGUUGUUUCUUGGAGUGAAACACCUUAUUUUCUCUUGAGGUCAAAAUCCUCUUUUCUCUACGAAAAUCAACCUGCUACUUCCAAAAAUUGGGAAGAUAAUGCAAAAACGAAUUCAUUUUCUCCAUCAUCACCAGAUUCCAACUCUCCUCCAGUUCAAAGAAAUAAUGAUUUCUACGAGUCAUUAACAGUUUCCUCAUCUUCCCCCUCAAAUCCUAAAACAAAUAAUGAUGAAACAAUUAUUUUAUUGGAUGACAACAGCGAUUCUAAUAACAAUAUUUAUAACGAAGAAGACGAAGAAUCCGAUUCUGUAGUUCUUUAUUAA